CUCACAUGGCGGGACGGUUGUUGAAAGUGUCAUCUGCGACUGCAGUGUUCGCCUCAUCGGGAUUCUACCUGUACAACAAAAAUGUUGAUCCCAAUGACUUUAGCGUCAUUAGAUUUGGGAGAGCAGCAACCACGACUGCCUUUAUUAGUUAUGACUACCUCACCAGUUUCCGAAAUGUACAGUAUGGGACAGAGGAAUACUGGGCUCUCAAAUCAAAGGUCCAUAGACGCUCUGCAGAGAGGUUGCGGGACUUGUGCUGCGCUAAUAGGGGCACUUUCAUCAAGGUAGGGCAACACUUGGGAGCUCUUGACUACCUCCUGCCUGAAGAAUACACCAGUACUCUGAAGGUUCUCCACAGCAAAGCUCCUGAGAGCACCAUGGAGGAGAUCCAGCAGGUCAUGAGAGAAGACUUAGGCAAAGAGAUUGACCAGCUUUUCAUCAGCUUUGAUGAGAAGCCCCAGGGGGCGGCCUCCCUAGCCCAGGUCCACAAAGCAGUGCUGCAUGAUGGGAGGACUGUCGCUGUGAAGGUGCAGCAUCCGAAGGUGCAGACUCAGAGCUCCAAGGACAUAGUUGUGAUGGAGUUCCUCCUUCACGUGGUUCACUGGCUCUUCCCUGACUUUGCCUUCAUGUGGUUAGUGGAAGAGGCGAAGAAGAACAUGCCCCUGGAGCUCGACUUCCUUAAUGAGGGCAGGAACGCUGAGAAAGUGGCUGAGAUGCUUAAACAGUUUGAAUUUUUGAAGAUUCCAAAGAUCCACUGGGAUCUAUCCACCAAGCGCAUUCUAGUUAUGGAUUUUGCAGAGGGGGGCCAGGUCAAUGACAGGGACUACAUGAGGAAACAUAAUAUUGAUGUCAAUGAGAUCUCGAGAAAUCUAGGAAAGAUGUACAGUGAGAUGAUAUUUGUCAACGGUUUCGUGCAUUGCGACCCUCACCCUGGCAACGUGCUGGUGAGGAAAUGUCUGAAAACCAAUAAGACCGAAAUUGUGUUACUCGAUCAUGGCCUGUAUCAGGUGCUGAACCCGGACUUUCGGCUCGACUACUGCAGACUGUGGCAGGCCCUGAUGAAGGCAGACAUGAAAGGCGUUGAGAGGUACAGCAGGCGUCUUGGGGCCGGCGACCUGUACCCCCUCUUUGCGUGUGUCCUAACUGCCCGUUCAUGGACUUCGGUCAACGCAGGGAUCGCUCAGACUCCUGUCACUAACUCUGAGGACGUGGAGAUCCGCACAAACGCCGCCCUCUAUCUACCUCAGAUCAGUGAUCUGCUGAACAGGGUGCCACGGCAGAUGCUGCUGCUGCUGAAGACCAAUGACCUGCUCCGAGGCAUCGAGACCAUCCUUCAGACCAGGGCCAGCUCCAGUUCUUUCAUCAACAUGUCCCGCUGCUGCACCCGUGCUGUAGCCAGGCACAAGCGGAGUAAGACCAGGUCGCGAAUGAAGAGAUUGCGGGUUACGCUGUUUGAGAUGUUUUCUCUGUGGCAGAUCGGUCUCUAUGAACUCUUUCUUUGGGUCAGGAGCUCCACCCUAGCCAACUGGCUUUCUUCUCUUCUCAGCUGA